AUGGAGAAGUCUGCGGGUCAGGCUCGCAUCUUUGACAGCAACGAGCGGUCUAUUCUCAGUAAAGCAGUCGUCAAGCAUGGUUGUGCCGGCUGGAACGGUGUUUCUGCACAACAGACUCAUAUCAGGACCUGUGAUCUCGAACUACCCCGUGGCCACGGCAAAUACUUCGAAGUCAGAUACUUCUUGAAUGUCAUUGUAGCCAGCGGGCACACGUCAGUCUUGCCGUCACUAUCACCGAUCAAGCUGACUCCCUGCAGAAAGCUCGUCACCGUCCAACUACCAAUCGUACUCAUCCACAUGAACUCUCUCGAUGUGGUCCCCAACUCCGUCGCCCAAGUCGCCAUGGCCAUCGAAGAAAAGCGCACAGCCCGCCAUUCUCCACCGCGUCUAGGCCGCCGCCCAUCCCAAUCCGUGCAAGGCCGUGCCUUCGCAGCACCACGCAUGCAAUCUCUAGAACGUAUGCGCGCACGCGACGAAGCCAUCCAAGAACUCGGCCAAGCCCUCGAGCAAAGCCCCCGUAAAUACGGUCUUCGUCGCGCAAACUCCAACUUCGACUACCGCACCCCGCCUUCCAAUCGUAAAGGCAGAAUCCUAGGCGACGGCGAAGCAGCAGAUCUCCAAGACCGUCUGCGCCGUGUAAGGUCAAACGAGACGAUUGGAUCGCGACCCCCAACUCUACACUGCGUCAAUUCUACACGGUCCAGACGAGGCGCUGCAUCAGCAUUUGGAUUCCGAGAAGCAGAGGUUCGAGAGGACAUUGAACUUGGGGGGUUGGGUGCAUCGGGUGAUGGGCCCUUGAAGGAGAGGUUGGAGAGAACUAGUGAUCGACAGUAUCGGUUCAGCAAGAAGAAGAGCGUGGAGAAGUGGAAGGGCGUGGCGAAUGUGGGGGUUGGGUGGUUGAAGGGGAAUGGGGUGAAGGAUGAAAGGGAAAGGGAGGGAUGGGUGUGA